UGAAUAAGAACAACAAUUUACACUGAUGUGUUAUAGUAAUGCGGUGAGCUUUUUAUGAAGUGCUAAACUUUUAAACUGGAAUUGCUGAAUCUGGGGAGCUGAAAAUUCAGAAGCUGGUUAAACUCCCUGUAGAUUUGGAAUGCACAAGCCAAAGGAGGCCCUGAAUGCCCGGAUGUCUAUCAAAAUUAGUGUAAUCCAAUACUGAACUAGAGAGACUUAGCUCAGGAACCUGUGUCUUUGGGAGUAGGGAGUUCAGUGACAUUUUGGAGUGGGUAAAUUUACAGAAACCAGGAAACGUAUCAGCAAAUGGCAAAUACAUUUUUGCCUGGGGGGUAGGGAGGGCAGUUGGGGGAAGGGUCUCAUGGACAGAAGACAUUUGCCAUUAUACACUUCACUAUGGCUGCCCAAUCAAGCUUAUACAAUGAGGAUAGAAAUUUGCUCCGGAUCAGAGAGAGAGAGAGACGGAAUCAGGAAGCUCUUCAGGAGAGAGACACAUACCCGGAAAAUGCCCCCCUCUUUGCAGAACCUUACAAGACUAACAAAGAAGAUGAAUUGUCCAGCCGAAUUCAGAACAUGCUGGGUAAUUAUGAAGAGGUGAAGGAGCUAAUCAGCACCAAGUCCCAUCAGAAUCUCAUAGGGAUACCGAAGAGCAUUGUUCCUCUGAUCCAUCAGGGAAAGCCUGAUCGCCCGUUCUUUCCUGAAAAGACCAGCAGUACAUUACCAACCUCAUUCCAGCACAGCACCCGCCACCAGGCCAUGGGACCCCCCGGUUUGGCUCCCCCCUCUGCUAGUAACUCCAUCCGCUACCCAAAGACACAAGCAAGAAUGGAACCAGCUGCAAGUUUGCACACCAAAAGCCACAGCUUGUCCAGUGGUCAGAGCCAAGGUCCAGAACAGAGACGCAGUGGUCAGGAAAGCCAUCGUGGUGGUCGCCACAAGAAAAAUGAUAGACGUGUUGAUGAAAAUGGUGCUGCUGAACUGCAAGCCACCCUCUCAGAGCUUUCUCCCUUACUGUCCUCUUUGUCUUCUCCACUGGCACCCCUGUCACCUCUACAUUCCAGUCAGCAUAUCCAUUCCAGGUCACAGAACAACAACAAAAGUCAUGGGCAGACUUACAAUCCAAUGAAAUCGCCUCAGGACUUCGUGGCAGGAUUGCAUGAUAAUGAAACCCGGGACAGUUCAGCCAUUAAUCUGGCCCAACCAUCUUCUCAGACAUUUCCUCCAGCCUUGCCGCCCAAAAACAGUGCAAUGCAGCAGAAACCUACUGCGUAUGUCAGACCAAUGGAUGGCCAAGAUCAGGCGCCAAAUGAGUCACCGGAGCUCAAGCCACUUCCGGAGGAAUACCCUGGACAACCCUAUGGGAAAAUAGCAGAUUUAAAAGCAAAUGCCAAGGCCAAACUAUCCAAAUUGAAAAUACCUUCUGAGCCCAUUGAGCAAACCUUCCCCAAUGAAGUCCAUUGCGUUGAAGAAAUUUUGAAGGAAAUGACCCACUCAUGGCCACCUCCCUUGACAGCUAUCCAUACGCCUAGCACAGCUGAGCCUUCAAAAUUUCCUUUUCCAAUAAAGGAAUCCCAGCUUGUUGGAUCUGUAAUACAGAAUCAGAAGCAGUAUGAUGCACCUUCAAAAACAUUGCCUAAUUCACAGCAAGGAACAUCAAUGCUACAAGAUGACCUCCAGCUCAGUGAUAGUGAAGACAGUGAUGAUGAUCGGGUCUCUGAAAAGCCACCUCCCUCAUCUGCUCCUCCAAGUGCCUCACAAUCGCAGCCUGAGAGUGUGGCAUCAGCACAUUCCAGCAGUGCGGAGUCAGGGAGCACCAGUGACUCAGACAGCUCCUCAGAUUCCGAGAGUGAGAGCAGUUCGAGUGACAGCGAAGCAAACGAGCCACCGAGAACUUCUACGUCUGAGCCUGACCCACCAACAUCAAAUAAAUGGCAGCUGGACAACUGGCUAACCAAGGUGAACCAACCAGCAGCACCAAAUGAGAAUCUCAGUGAGGUUGUCCAUAGACAUGGUCAUCAGGAGAGCAAGGGGCAAGGGAAAAGCAGCAGCAGCAGCUCUCAUGAACGUUCUGAAUCAAAUGAGUUGCACUCCAAAAACUCAAGCAAAAUAACCAGGGCUCCCCAGGCGGUACAUCUUCCCAGCAAACGGACCUGCCAGAAAUCUCCCACGCGCACUGAGGAGCCCUCUCGGAGGCCCACUGUUGGUACCAAGAAGCCCAGCAAGGUCCCACAACAAGAGGCUCACAGGGGAAGCCUGAAAGUGGAAAGUGAGCCUGGUCCAUAUGGGGUUAAAGACCAGUCUUCCAGAGACAAGCCAAAAGUAAAAACGAAAGGGAGGCCAAAAUCCAGAGAUAAAAAAGAAUUGAAACCAAUGGUGCAAGAGUCCUUGGAAAAGAAAAAGCACAAGAGCUCACACCAAGCCAUUGCUAAAGCAUUUUUGGACCCUAAGCCUGUGAAAGACAUUGUGGCUGGCGGUGCCCCAGAACAUUUCCCCCUCAGCCCUGUAGCGCAAAGCCAGAAGCCCGCCAGCCCCACCAGGACUAGUGGCAAAAAGCCCGCUAUUGUGGUCAGAGAGGACUUCCAUAGAGACAAACUUCUCUUGCCUAUCAGGGAUAAGACGUUGUUAUCACCCCUGAGGGAUUUCCCCAUCCCUCAUGCUCUUGUGGUUAAAAUUGAGCUGUGUCUCCUUUCAAGAAUUCCACAGCCACCUGGGAAAGGGAGUCGCCAGAAGAAACUUGAGGGUAAAGAGCUCCCAAGUGCGAGGAAGCAGGAUUUGGAAAAGAAAAGCACAGAAACUCCUAACAAGCCUCUCAAAAAGAGGAAGGGAGAAGUGGAAAAAGAGACUGAUAAGAAGAAAAUCAAGUUGGAGAAAGAAACCAAAUCAUUGUUGUCUUCAAGUCACAAAGACUCCAGUAAAAUGAAAGUAUCCAAAUUUCCAUCCGAGACACUGAAGAAAGAGCUCCUGCUACCACCACCAUUGCCACCAAUGUCUACUGCGCAGCCUGCCCAGAAGCCAGCCAAGAUGGCACAAAAGAGACACAAGGGCGAGAGCAGCACCUGCACCCAGCUGCCUGCCACAAAUAACCGAACUGCCAAGAGCAAGAGCAACCACAAGGAUUCUUCAUCCUCCAAGCACAGGAAAGUGGAGGGGAAGCAUUCUGAACAUUCUAAAAGCAACAAAGUAGGUGGACCUUCAGGAGAUGUCAAAAACCCUUUCCCGGUGCCUUCUUUGCCAAAUGGUACCUCCAAGCCAAGGAGACCUCAAAUCAAGUUUGAAAAACAACAUCCGAUGGAGUAUCACAUAGAGGAGGCCAAAAGACUGAAGCACAAAGCUGACACAAUGACAGACAAGGUUGCAAAGGCAUUUCAGUACUUGGAGGCUGCGCUUUCCUUCAUCGAGUAUGGAAUUGCUAUGGAAUCUGAUGCACUGACACCAAAAUCAGCAUACACCAUAUUCACAGACACCAUAGAUCUCCUUAAAUUUAUAAUGACAUUAAAAUCCUUUUCAGAUACCUCGGCAUCUGCACAUGAAAAAAUCUUUGCUGUUUUGUGCAUGCGCUGCCAGUCCAUUCUGCACAUGGCAAUGUUUCGUUACAAAAAAGACACUGCAGUAAAGUAUUCCCGAACCCUCAAUGAACACUUCAAGAAUUCUUCCAGAGUCACGCAAGCACCUUCUCCAUGUGUUGCAAGAAGCACAGGCACACCUUCUCCUCUUUCCCCGAUGCCCUCUCCUGCCAGCUCUGUGAGUUCCCAGCCAGGAUCAAACGCUAGCAACUGUGGCAGUGGAGCCAUUGGUUCUUCAAUCAACACCCUACAUAAUAUUCCAAGCAUAACCUUUUCCUAUGUCAACAUCACUUCCUAUAUCCUCUAUGCCUACGAUAUUUGGGAGCAGGCCGAUGCACUGGCCAGGAAGAAUAAGGAAUUCUUUGCCGAACUCAGUACAGCGGUGUGCACUCUGGCACUGAACAGUAGUAUGACUGAACUGGUACACUACACUAGGCAGGGUUUACAGUGGCUGAGACUGGAAACAAAUACGCCUUAACUGGUGCUCAAGGUGGUUAAUACCUUGAACUCUUUUGCACUUUGGAAGCCUCAAAAACAGUCUGUCUGGCUGAAUCGUUGGAUACAAAGCGCCUGGAAGGGAAAAUAAAGCAAGAUGGAAGGGAUCUAACUACACUGGAGAACUUUUGAACUGUGUUUCUAGGGUGGCACUUGGCCGCCUUGAAAAGAUGAAGGGAGGCCUCAGAGUUGAUGAUGCCUGUCUUUAAAAGGACAAAGUGCAAUGUACUGUCUGAAAGGUUCAAUGUGUUGGUGGUCUGUAAACAUUUCUAUAAAUGAAUAACCAACAAGAAAAAAAUCACAUGUGAAGAAGUGCCGACAAGAAGGAAGUCCACCUCCAAAAGUUAUUAUGCAACAUCUCAAAAGCCACAGCAGUCACAUGUCUAUCAGAAAGUUCAGAGAAGUGUUUUUGCAAACCACAGUUGCAAUCCAUGAUGUAUGUUGUUCUUCCUCGGAGUUGGGAGGUCAGGGGGAGGACGAGACCUGAACAGAACCAAACAGCAUUAUGUUAAACUAGAAACAGCAAAGCAAUCUGCCUUGCCCACUUCCUAACCAUACCCUCCUGCAUUUAUAAAUCAACUGUUGUACUGAUUCUCUUGGAACUGAUUGCAACCACUGCCUUCAGCACUGCAAGUUCACUUAGUAGAUCACCAUUGCUUUGAUUUUUUUUUCUCCUUUCUAUAAACACACACACACACACACACACACACACACACACACACACACUGCAAACCAUUAACUCUCAAACUGUUUCAGUUGUGGUAUUGCUUAGUUUGGGCCUCGUACGUCAAACACAGUUGGGGUGGGGAAGUUAAGGAGCAUGUCAGGAUUGUUCUGUUUUCCUCUGAAAGGAAGGCAGGGAGUUGUCACUGUGCAUCCUCUCAGAUUGUUGCUGUUUGGGUAUGAAGGGGAGGGAAGGGAAGGGACAGUCAGAAUGGUUCAUUGUGAUUGCGUGAACAUUAUGCUGAGUUGCAGAUCUUUAGAUCAGGAGGAAUUGCUUCUGCAUAAAGUGGUAUCUGCUUUCACUAUACCUGGAAAUAAAGGGUCAGAUUUUGCCCUUGGAUAUUCACACACAAUCACAUUGAUUUUUUUUCAGUGGAUAUCUGAGAGCAGGCUUGGCACUGAAGUCUUGUAACCCUCAUAUGGGAGAUACUCCCAUGUCAUGGCAAAGCUUUAGGUUUUGCCCAGCAACUCAAAAUCUAUCUUCAGAGGAACACAAAUGACUAUUCAGCUAUUCUUGUUAGAUUUGCAAGCAGCUCUUCUUUACCAUAAGUUGUGUUUUUAAAGAUAUGAUUAUGCAGAUGACAGUAACACUGAAGAAUACAUUCACAAUAUUUUUAUAUCCAGUUAGAUGGCAAAGAAUUCCUAUUGUGUAAAGCUUUCUGCCAUCCUCAUAUCUAAUAGUGUGCCUUAGCUCUCAAGUCCUCUCAACCAGCACUCGACUUAUGCUAGACUGCUGGGAAUGCUGAUGCCCAAAUGAAUUGUGCAUAUCGAUUUUACAGAAAGGAAAACCUUUGCAAUGAAUUGGCCCCUUUUCCCCAUUGUAAAAGGAAGCAUUUGCACAUACCGUGUAUCCAUAUAGAAACAGAUCUAUACGUGUGCUGUAAUGAAGCAAUACUCCUUUUCCGAGGUGCCUGUUGAGGGUUUUAGGGUUCAAUAAAACAUAAGCAAGAGGUCUGAAUUUCCAAAAGCUGUUCCUUUUUAAAACCGUGUCCCUGACCCAUAUAAGACUGGGACAGUCCCUUGCAACAUGAGGCCCAAGAAAGCUCCCGUGUAGAUAGCAGAAGGGAAGCAUGCCUCUUUGGAGAGCCUUAUGAGAAAGCGAGUCCCCAUCUCUUGCAUUAACAGAGAAAUAAGCACAAGAACAUUCCACUCUCUCUUCUCCUCUGGCUGCACGGAACCUUCAGAAACCUCAUGUCUUACCACUUUGUUAAAGCCGUAGUUCAUUUCAGGGAUAAGCCAUCCUAACCAUUGGAAGCAAGUUCCAUAUUUCUCUCCCAGUUUUAUAUAUAGUAAUAUAUAUAUAUACACAUGCAUAUUCCUUUUGGAAGGAAUAACUGAUUCAAAUAAACGCACACAGUCCAGGGUGUUUAUUAACAUUAAUUUUGUUCUCAGGAAGCAUGGGAAGGGCAUAGAAAAGUAAGGCCAUUCUGCACACUUCGGAGCCUGCGUUCUGAUCCAAGUAUAACUAACAAGCUGGAGUCCCAGACUGAUUGAAAUCCUCUUCUUAUUUUUGUCUUACAGUACAGCUUGCCUUAAUGUCACAGGUGAGGAGGAGGGGAAAGAAAGGGUUAUUACCACCACCUGACUUAGGAAUCAGUAUGGGACUCUGCAGCAGCCAGAGGAGACUCUUAGGAAUAGAUUUAAGGAUAAAUGAGGACCCAGAUUCAGUGUGACUUCCAUACAUACAUCCCUCCUGCAGCCCCCCCUUCACCCUUCAGACAGCCACUUCCAUCCCAACACAGACAGACUCUCCCUCCGAAACAAGAUGGCCCAGCCCAACUGGAAGCAGGACUUCGGUUGUGCAUUGUGCUGAGGCCUGUUAUUUUGCUUCUGACUUACUGCUCCACCUGAAUGCCCUCUGAUCAUCGAUCCCAGAUUUCAAGGGACCUGCUUAAGCCCACCUGUGAACACUUUAUUAAUUGGAUAGUGCUGUUCCUACAAGAAAGCUAGCUAAAGGGAGUGGAAGGGCAAAGGCCUUGUCAAGAGGAGAUGCGCUUAAUGCACAGGCGCUGCUGCCAGCCGCUGCCUUACAGGAUUAUUUAUGAACAAUUCAAAAAUAAUGUCGAAUCCAAACCCUCUUGUAAAAUGUGAUAUGUAGGGCCCAGCCCUGCUCCCAGUGAAUAUGGCAGCAAACCUCCCAUUUACUUCAGUGGGAGCAAGAUCACGCCCAUAGUCAAUACAGGCUCCAUAAGUGGAGAGUAGUCAGUAGGGAGCAAACUACAAAUCAGAAAGCUAUAUUCUAUUAUUUCCCUUUGUAGGGACUCCCAUAAAUAUUAAUUAGGAAGAAAAUGCUACCCAUCUUCAGCCUAGAGCCAGGUUUGAGGCCCAUUUAAGUAGAGGGAAAGAUAGACAUUGACUUCAGUGGGCCCUGGGCCAGGCCUUUAGGGAGGAGCAAGAAAAAAAUGAAAUAGUAUUUGCCAUUGCAAAAAAGAAAAGGUGGAGAUAAGAGCGAGUCCUGUGAGGCGUGAAGGGGGCAGCAGUCGCAAGGCAGCAGCCUUCCCAUGCAAUAUUUAUUUAGAAGUAAUUAAUGUAUUUAAAUUGUCAAAUAUUCUAUAUCUAAGAUGCCAUUAUUUAAUAGUUCGAAAGCCCCAUUCACACUGGAGACAUAGAGCUCUUCUAUUAUGGAGUCAGAGUUUGACUGCAAUAUUGUUUAAAAAGGCAAAGUCCUUUUUUGUUUUUGUUUGUUUUGUUCUUGUCCCCAUCCCUCCCCCCAUCCUUCGUUCCAGGUAUAAAUCUGUACAUUUAAAUUUAUUUUGGGGUGUGUGUCCAUCGUGUAAAUAACCUUUUCUGCCCUGUGUGUGAUGGAAUUUCCAAACUGAUUGAUUCGUUCAUGUGGGGAAAUAAAAUAAAUAUUAAAUGAAGUAACCUGUUCAUUGAGUUGCUGUGAGAGUCCUCAAGUUCUCAACCUGUCGUAGAGGCAGUCGCUAGCUGCCCUUCUCACUCUGCAUGGCAGUGUUUUGUUUCUAAAUUAUUUUUAUUUAAGCAUAACUUGCUGUACUUGAAGAUGCUCUUUGAAGUUCUGUAUUUAACACUUAUUGCCCUUUCCGGUUGUAUAAAGACCUGGUGGCUGAAAUCCAAAGAUUCUGAGAGACGGGAGCAUUGCAACAUGCAGACAUCAGCCCUGCAUUCUAAUGUAAUAGAUGUAGGAUAUUUGAUGAGAUCCUAUAUCAUGUCCAAUACUGACUGGUUUGUGAAUGGCUGUUCAGAGGCAAAGGUAUGGGCAUUUUUUAAAAUAGUGUAACAAAUCAGUUAAAAGCAAUAAUGGAAGACCAGAUUUGUGGUUGUGGGGUGCUAUGCUCAUGCCAUGAACAUGUUUCAAGGCAUGAUAUGGGAGAAAGCAGUGCUCACUCAGUGAGUAAACAACACUGUAAUCCUCAUCCACACUGUAAUGUAGUAAAACAGGGGUAGGUAACCUAUGGCACGCAUGCCAAAGGUGGCACGCAAGCUGAUUUUCAGUGGCACUCACACUGCCUGGGUCCUGGCCACUGGUCUGGGGGCAGUGUUCUGCAUUUUAAUUUAAUUUUUAAAUGAAGCUUCUUAAACAUGUUACAAACCUUAUUUACCUUACAUACAACAAUAGUUUGGUUAUAUAUUAUAGACUUACAGAAAGAGACCUUCUAAAAACGUUAAAAUGUAUUACUGGCACGCGAAACCUUAAAUUAGAGUGAAUAAAUGAAGAUUUGGCACACCACUUCUGAAAGGUUGCCGACCCCUGUAGUAAUAUAUUUAUAAAACACUGUGGAGAGGAGAGUUCCGACUGCCUCAGAUUUGGUUUCCUGAUGCCCAAAGUUGUGAUUGUCAUCACUCAGUCUGAGUGCUUCCUCCAUUUUCAAUUUCUGUUAUCUCCAGAAUCAAUGAGAGAGGGCGUUUGUUUCUCUUGAGUGGCCUUAUGCUUGUUUGUGUUUGGGUUUUCUUUUCCUUUCUGUGUUGUGUUGAGAAUGUAAUUGUUCCUGGGAAGGAUGAUUUUUUGCAUAUCUGUAGGCACUAUUGUGAUAUAAUUCAGGUCAUUUUUGCAACAUGCAUUGCACCCAAGAGAAUAUUUCCUAAUGGUGGACCCCUUUUUUAUGUAGUUUGUAAUAUGUAGAGGCUGCUGAACCCAGUUUAAUAUUCAUGAGAUCUAUUGCUGUUACAAAUAUAAAAAUAUAAAGGAUUUUUUUAAGCUAAUGCAUUUUUUUCACUGCACGUUUAAAAUUCCAAAGACAAGACUUUUAUUGAAGUAGGAAAACAAAAAAGGACCAUAAAGCUAAAAUUUAAAAUAUGAAACACUCAUGCCCAGGUUAGCAGCUUAUGCUACUUUCAUCGCAACCCAGGCACAAUGAGCCUGAUUCUGCACUCAUUCAUGUUAGUAAUUGGGAGUGAAUUCAUUGAAGCUAAUGUUUCAAGCAGGAUGGAAUUAAACUUGCAUCCAGAGAUUGAUUUAGAUUUCUGUAGUCUAAGAAAAGACCCUGUGAAAAAUUGCUUUUGGUUUUGGCACUCCUAGGAUGUCUGGGGUAGCUUUGGUUUGGUUUUGGUAAGGUGGUAGGGUGCUGUUUCAGAGAUAGCUAUGUUCUUAUCUGUCCCUCCUGGAGACACUUAAACUGAAUGAAAUGGAUGAUUUAUAACCUGGUUGUCCAAAAAAAAGCCCCACCCCAACUCCCUGUUUCAUAAUGAGAAUUGUUUUACUGAGUAUUGAUCAAACUCCACUGGGGAAAAGCAAAAAAGGUGGGGAUGGAGGGGUGAAGGAAAGGAAAUGCAUAAGAAGAUUAAGAAGGGCGCAGAUCAAUUUUGAAAUCACCUACAGCAAAUGAGGUAGGAAACAGCCAUUUUCAGACUUUAAGUAAAAAGCAAGAGAAAUCACUUGUACAUUUUUGUUAUAAGGAUUUUUUCCCCCAAGAAUAUUGAAUAUGAAGGUGGGGAAAUUUUGAUUCUUUGCACAACAAUUUUUGCUCAUCACUAUAAUUCUCUGUCGUCUUUUAUACUCCAGAAAUGGGAACAUGAAAGCCAGCACUAAGUACCAGUCUCUGAGAAACAACCUUCCACUCAAUGGGCCAGAUCCUCGGCAGGUGUACGUAGGCACAGCUCCAUUAAAUCAAUGCACCUAUUUACUCCAACUGAGAAUUCGAUGCUAUGCUAUUUCAUUAACUUGUGGUGAGAUUUCUUAUUCCCAGGUUCUCCAUUUCUAUUUCCCUCACCAGUUUGAAGUCUUACACUAAACAGAGCAGAGGAUAAAAUGGUAGUGCCAGAAUUCCCCUGCACUUUAGUAUGAUCAUAUUAAGCUGAAAACAAAAGAUGAAAUAUGUAGACUGGACAAAGCCUAUAAGUAUGUACAGUGCAGAGAAGCCUAUUUGCAGAGAGAGUGUGGGUCCAAUCAAAUUGGCCUGACUUUUCAUGAGGGUAGGUUUUCCUGGUAAUGUAUUAUGAGGGUUAUUUUAAAGAAAUGUUUGUUCUUUGAUGUAUUUAUUGACCUUUUAUUGACCAAACCUAAUUAUGAAAUGAUGCAUAAUUUAUUUUGAGUUUGCUUCAUCUUAUAGUUAAGACUUGUAUUUUUUUUCUUCUUUGACUCUGCUUGUCCCAUUCCCUUUUGGAGGCCAAUAAUACUUUUUUGGCUGUGAAGCCAAACAGCUGCAAUGAGUUUGAAUGCAAUCUCUGAGCCCCAUACCUUUCUCCAAACACUACAUUAUCUUUUUGGCAAAACUUUGCUUUGUAUCCACUGCACUGUUAGUAACCACCAUAAAUCAACAGUAUUCCUGGGCCAGCAACAGCAUUUCUGAAUUUGUUUUCAUAUAUUAUCUGCUUUUCUGAAGCUAUGAACUGUAUGAAUACUAGCUGCACCAGAUUGCCACCUGUUUUGCAUGGAUCUGUCUUAUUAAGGUAUCAGGUUUUUCCCCCUCUCCCACUUAGUAAAGCAGAGGUUGACUUUUUCUUUGGGGCCAGUAUUUCAUCUCCUCACAAAGCAGCAAUGUUGUUUGACCUCGUUAAAUAAGCAAACAAAAACGAAAAUGCAACCCAACUGAUGUCUCUCUUUAUAAGUUUAUUUUUUUGAUAAAUUGAAGGUGCAUGUCUGUCCACUGGGGGAAUGUCUGGUUCUUGUCAAUGUUUAGAUUCCAUGCAUGGUCUGUCAUAAUCAAAAAGUAUUUCUAAGAUGAUGUUCAAGUUUGUAAACCUUUUGCUUGCCAUAGGAAUCAUGGUAAACUCCCUGAAAUGAGCUGUUUUCAGUAGUUUUGCUAGCUAUUUUGAAUUACAUAGAGAAUGGUCUAGUUUUCUUUCAGAAAGCCUGGAGAGUCUGAGGGUUAGGGAAUUCUGAUGCUCAGCAGUGAAAUAUAAUUUUCAGAAUGAAGGCAGAAGGGUGAAGGUCUUAAGAAUAGUGUUUUUCUUUUGUUACGUGAUUUUUGUUACAGGACGAUAGCACAGGCAGUAUUAAUGUUGCCAACGGUCCAGGCUGAGAGUGAAUCAUGGCAUAUUGAUAAACUACUGUACGUCCAUUCAGUUGACAAGUACACGGUCUUUUUCUGUCCAGAUUGUUGCAGUGUGAUUGUGUUUUGGAUGUGCUCAAGCAGGGUGGCUUCUUCCUCUCCCCCAUUGUUUUAGUGGGUAAAUCAAGUGUUGGCAUCACCCUCAAUGGUUUUUUGUGUGUGUGUUUUUAGUUUUUAAAAAUAAAUUGUCUAGUUUAUGAAUGGGGAACACUGGUCUUCCUUAAAAGUAGCAAUGUUGAAUUGUCCUUAAUCAUCUCUCCUCAUCAGCAGUUCUUCACGUGUAAUGGGGCACGGGUGUGGUCUUGGAGCCCAAUUCCGAAAGGUGCUGAGCUCUUUCGACGCCUGUCGGCUUCAUUGGGAGUUGAGGGUGUUCAGCACCUUGUGAGAUGAAGCCUCUUAUGGGAAGAUGUGUAAAGAAAACCAGAAGGGGGAAUUGAUAUAUUUUGCAAUGAUAUUGCAUUCUGGGGUUUCUGUGAAUAAGAUUUAGCUGCCUUAUUCAGUCCUUUCAAGAGACUCAAACCAGAUCUGUGAUAAAACUUAGUUUAUCCAUUAAGGGAAAAAAUAUGUGAAAGAUUUCUCCAAAGAAAUGUGCCACAGAUCUUCUGUUUGUUGUUCUCUGUAUCAAGGAUGAAUUGCUCUCUCUCUCUCUCUCUCUCUAUAUAUAUAUAUACACACACACACACAUAUUAAAGGAAAUUUUGAUUUAUUUGUGUGUUAAAUUCUUUUGACUAGAGAUGUCAGGGUGGAACGUGUAAAGAUAAAACAUGUUUAGGGGGAAAAAAUUAGUUUUCAUGAACAUGAGCAAGUCACUUUCACCCGCUUUGUGCUCCAGUUUCCCAUGUGAUACUUCUCUACCUCCUAGGGAUAUUGUGAGGCUGAGCUAUGUGGUUGGAGACUUCAUUCACUAAGGGCAAAGUAUUAUUGUUUCAUGUUGAUGGGAUUGUGCUGUGUAACCGCCUUUUGGCUGCAUGCAUUGUACUCAUGAAAAUAAUCAGAGAGAGGAGUUUUACUGGGGUGAUUUGAUCUCACCCAAUAACAAGACCAGGUAUCAAAUUGCUGUUUCUUAAUUUACAGUUUACUUUUAACCCACUCCCUUAAUAUUUCAGUUUGGUUAGACCCUUAGGCCUCACUUCAGCAAAGUACUAAGGCACAUGCUUAAGUCCCUCUUGUUUUCAGUGGAAGUUAAGGAUCUGGGAGGUAGGCGUCUAAAUUUUUUGGAGAAUCUAGGCCCAUGAGCUUAAAUGUUUUGCUGAGUCGGGGCCUCAGAAAGGAUCUGUACCCCCAAGGUGUGUGUGUCUGUGUCUCUCUCGCUUUGACUUCAUAGGUCCGAUGCUAUGUUUGUUGUCUAUUUAGUUUUAUAGCAAAAGAUGCAAAAUAGGCACCUGGUUACAUUUAUUCAAGCACCUUUGGCAGUUAACUUAGCAAAACGGUCUCAACUAAAUUAGCAACUAACCCUUAACCAAAAACUAAACAUCAAUACUCCUAGGGCUUCCACCUCCUCAAAUGCCUGGGUGAAAACAUAGGCGUGGCAGCAUUCCCUGAAGAUCAGCAGGCUGGUGGGUACUUUGGAGAUAAGGCUCCAAAGCUGAGACUUGUCUGUUUAGUUACUUUACGUAGCACAGUAUGUGUACACAAAGCUGUACAAUAGAACAUCAGUGCCAAACUUAGAAUGGGUCCCAAAGGGUUUAAGAGCAGCGGUGGCCAACCUGUGGCUCCGGAGCCACAUGCGGCUCUUCAGAAGUUAAUAUGCGGCUCCUUGUACAGGCACCGACUCCUGGGCUGGAGCUAUAGACGCCAACUUUCCAAUGUGCCAGGGGUUGCUCACUGCUCAACUCCUGGCUCUACCACAGGCCCUGCCCCCACUCCACCCCUUUCCGCCCCCUCCCCUGAGCCUGCUGUGCCCUCGUUCCUCUCUCCCCGCCCCUUCCGAGCCUCCUGCAGGCCAUGAAACAGCUGAUCGGGAGGUGAGGGGAGGGAGCAAGAGGCGCUGGAAGUGGGGGCGGGGGAGCUGAUGGGGGCCUGCUGACCUAUUACUGUGGCUCUUUGGCAAUGUACAUUGGUUAAUUCUGGCUCCUUCUCAUGCUCAGGUUGGCCACCCCUGGUUUAGAGGCUUAAAAGCACUGAUACAGACAUUACAAAACAUGGCAAGUGUGUGCCUGGAAUGGGGCGUGGCCUUUAAGCGUGAACACCUUACCCAAGAGGUUAGUUUCUUCUAGGCUGUGAUGGGAGGGAGCUUUGGCAUAUGUUAGUGGAGCCCUACCCUGAAGGGCUUAGUCUGAAAGCACAGAUGGAAGCAGACAUUACAGGCAGGGAAAGAAUGUGCACAAUGUGGUGAGGGAAUGCAGAAAAGAUGGAUGGUCAGUAGUUAAUUGAAGAUGGAGAUGAAUGUAGCUUUCUGCUAUGUUGGCAAGGGGCUGAUCCCAGGCCUCGGGGAUUAUCAUGAACUAACACUGUUUCAGUGCCAUACCUUUGUGUAUCAUGGAAGAGGGCUCGGAAACCAAAUUGGGUGAAGGAGAACAAAGUGGGACUUGCAGGAAGUGGAGGAGAUGAGAGACUACAUGUAGACAAGAGCAGAGCCACAGAGGCCUCUGGGGGAGAAGGUGGUGGUUUGUGAUACAGAAGAAAUGGUAGCAGCUGUGGUGCCCCGACACAGCUACAAGAAAGGAAGGCUAUUUGGGCAGCAAUAUCUCCUUUUUCCUCUCCUUUCUGGAAAUUCAGCCCUGCACUUCCUCUGAUUUGCCAACCACUUCCAGAACGUGAUGGUGGGAGAGGACAAAGGGGAAAGCCAGCUUUCUGGAGUGAUGUUCUGGUCCACUGCUAAGUACAGUGAUUUGGAUGGCUGUAAUCUGCUCUGUUUGAUUCAGCUGGCUGUUGUUCUGUCACCAUGCUGACAUAGGUUGUGUCAGGACAGUGCAUGGCUUUACCAGUACAUCCCAGUGGCCCAUGCUGGAUUAGGUGCGCUGACGUGCACGGUUCUAUUUUUUUUUUUUUUCACUCUUGCAAAAUGUGUGCGGAAGGGGAGACAAUUUACUUAUGGUUCUUGGCCUGAGUGACCCAUAAUCCAUCAAGCAAAUGAAGACAUGGAAACAUUUUCUUAUUGGCUAUGUAAUCGUAAGCAAGUCUCUCUGCUACACCCAGGCACAGUUAUAACUGCAUAGUUUCCUUCUUAGAGCACUAAUUUUGGGGACCAUUAAUUUAAUAAGCAUUAGAGAAAUUCUUCUGGUACAUAGCCAGAUUACCCUGUUUCCCCGAAAAUAAGACAGUGUCUUAUAUUAAUUUUUGCUCCCAAAGAUGCGCUAGGUCUUAUUUUCAGGGGAUGUCUUAUUUUUCAGAAAUGAAAAAUGCCUUAUUAUCGGUGGAUGCCUUAUUAUCGGGGAGGUCUUAUUAUCGGGGGGAUGCCUUAUAUUACAACGAGAGGCAAAACUGUAAGUAGGCCUUAUUUUCGGAGGAUGUCUUAUUUUCGGGGAAACAGGGUAGUAGGGGCACCUCAGAAAGCAAGACAUCCAGGCACAAGUAUGAAUGCUUGCCUGCUUCCCUGGUCCAUAGCACGCCUCCAGGGGACCUCCAGCAAUAUGUGAACAUUGGCUUCAGCAACCCUUUAUGUAGGCUCUGCACAACAAUUAAAAGAUCAAGUUAUGGUUCCAGUGGAAAAUCUUUAAAACUGGUCUAAGCCAGUUCAGAUGAAAGCGAAUUGCUGGACACAGGUUGAAGGGGGAAAAAGAGCAACUAUUUAUUUUUGUUACUUUAAAAUGAUGAAGUGUGACAGCUUCUGCUCACCCUUUUGGCGGGCCAAGUCCUUCCCUUGUGGCAGAAAUUCCAUGGCUGUCUGCAUACUUGUUUCUAUUAGGAGAGAUUGAAGAUGAAACUGACCCAGGAAGCCAAAAAGAGUCUCUUUAAAAUGUCAAGAAGCGACAGCAGCACUGAACUUGCUGACAGAGCCAAGAAAACACUGCAAAUAAAAGUUAAAUCUCCUGGCUAGCAUUGCUAUAUCUUUUGCCAGUUCCAGCCAAGAGAACACACAAAGGUUCACAAAACAAAUACAGAUGUGGCAAAAGCAGCCAGAAGAGAACUAAAAUGGAGCAUCUAGAAUAAAGGAUUUAGGUUUGCAAAAUUGUAUGCCAAGUGUCAGAAGAAAGCGUCAGCACAAAAUAAUGUAGACUGAAAUCACUUUUAAAACUAAGCUGCAUUCAACAGGGAGUAUCUUAGAGUUACAGGUUGUUGGUUCUAAUCCAAGCUGAACAGGUUAAUUGACUGAAUUAUUAUUUGAUGACUGACUGGUGGCCUAUUUGAAAGUAAUCUGACUCACUCCAGUCCCUAAUGGAACAAUGAUCACCUCACACAAACCUCUAGCACAAUGGGCUUCUUUGUUAGCAGCCUCAGAAAGGGACUGGCAAGGAAAAACCAAAUUGCUCUCCCUUUCCUAUCAACAUGAUGUUUCUAGAUCACAGUUUGAGAUGUUAGUAGAGCAGAUCAGGGAAAGUUUGUAUUGCUGAUGCCUAAACCUUUCUUGCUUUUGUUUCCAGUGCUACCAAGCCAGAUACUGAAUUUGCUACUUAGAAGUCACCAACAGGAUGACUAGUUAAAUCCCAGUAUUAUGAAAAACAAAUGUUAUGGAAAUGUUGGUUGUUUGCUGAGACUUUUAAAACUUGUUUUACCUGUAAUUAAAAAAAAUCUGUUUAAACAGUUUCCCAGAUUAAAACCAGAGUUUUUGAUUUG